AUGGGUGGUGGUAGAAUCUAUGUAAUUAAAAAGUCACCAUAUUUUGGAAACGUUCAAGUGAAUAAAAAAGAGCAUGAUUGUUUGAGAAUUAAAGUUUGUCAAUUUACUGAUCCUUCAUUUACAAGCAUUGAACACAAUAAGGUCGAUGUUGAAUCUUCAUUUACAUAUUUGGCUGCUAAAGAUACUUCUUGUAAAUUCAAAUAUGAUAAUGGAAGUACAGGUUCUGGAAAACCAAUUUUAUAUCAAUGGCAUCGUUAUACCAAAAUCAAUAGUGAAAAUGUUGAUAUUGUACUUUUUCGUGAUUUAUUUCUUGAAAAAGAAGUGUUGUCUAAUGGAAAUAUUGACCGUGGAGAGAUUAUUCAAAAGCAUUGCCCAGUAAAAUUUUAUAAAUUUAUACUACAAAAUCUUGAAGUUUGUCUGUUUAUUGCAAUAGUAUGUGUUGGUACACAUAACCAUCCACCUCCGGCUCCAGAAAAAAUACCUGUAGAUAUUAAAUUAAGCCUUCAAUCUUUAAUUUCUCAAGUGAUUAAAGACAAUGAUAUAAUUACUCCACGAGCUAUUCAAUCAAUUGCCAAAGCAUAUAAAAAUAUGCAUCCUUAUGGACGAGAUAUUCUAGGUGUUUUUCAUACGGCAAAGAAUAAUCAUUCUGAAAUAAAAGACUAUUUACAUCAUAUAGAAAUUUAUGAUUUAGCUAAGUCGAUCCUUAAUGCACCUUCACAAGAAUUAGUCAAAUCAAUUUUAGAUAAAAUCAAAUUAUCAGAUAAGCCAGGUGCUAAAGAAUGGGCCAAUUAUUAUAAAACACCUUGGAUAAUUUCUUCAUUGAAUGUACAUAUGUCUAAAAUGGAGCGUAAUAUUUGGAGAAAACAUGAUGACAAUACCAAUUCUGCAGAAUCGGCUCAUGCAUUAGCAAAUAAGGAGGAAAACAAUUAA